AUGGAUGUGUUCAUGAAAGGACUUUCCAAGGCAAAGGAGGGAGUCGUAGCAGCAGCAGAAAAAACGAAGCAGGGUGUGGCCGAGGCAGCAGAAAAGACGAAAGAGGGUGUCCUCUAUGUGGGUAGGUGGACAGCAAAGAUCAUGCAGCUG